AUGCGCCCCAGGUCCCUCACUCCCAUCGACGUUGACAUGCUCAGCGAUGAGCUACCCAUCAGGGUUGAACCUGGAGAACAGGUCGACGCUCCCAGGCACUCCAGGCCUGGUCGAGGUCGCCCUGGGCGUAAUGCCCCUCCUCGCCAGCGCGAGUAUGACUCUGAUGCCCUCAGCGCUUUCACACAUUUCUUUCGUGCCAAAGCACAAGCAAAGGAACUUGCUAUCCGCAAGGAGGCUCACGCCUUCGAUCAACAGAUCCGCGCUGAGCGAUCCUGCCCCUUCACAGGCCAUCGUCCUCAUGGACGAAACAUGACUGUUGACUAUUGUCGGCCUCGUCGAGAGCCCACUCGACGACCCCCGCGUAGCAAGACGCUUCCAAGCUCUCGCGCUCCUCCUGCCACCGCUGCCCAAGUCAUCGCAGACAUCGUGAAUAACACAGACACUAUACUCACCCCAGCUCCUACUCCAGCUGCCCCAGUCAUUGACCCCAGUCCGGACAUGGAGGAAAUUAUAGCCGCAGCUGAGCAGCUCGAUCUCAAGCAAGUUGGACAGAUGCAAGGAGUGACUACUGAGAACGUCUUCAGUAGAUUCAUCCCUGUCGUCCUUCUUAUUAACACCUCACUUAUUCUGUUUAUUGUGAUAGCGGCCUUCGCCUCCUUAGGGCCUAGCAAAAAUACCUAA